AUGCAACGAGGCGGGCGAGACGGCGCUCAUUGUCGCCACCAAGCUCGGUCGACGCGAAAUGGCCUUGCACCUGAUCGAACACGGCGCCAGCGUCCAUUUGAGAGCCAAAGACGACUGUGGUCCGCUCUACUAUGCGUGCACGCUCGGGCUCGACGCCGUGGUGUUGCGCUUGCUCGACGCCGGCGCCGACCCCAACUGCAACGAGCGAUUGCCUCUCGAGGGCUUGUCGCAGUGCCCGCCGAGCGUCGAUAUUGCGCCGCUGCUGACGGCGCUUGUCCGCGCCGGGGCCGACGUCUGCAAGCCCAACUGGAUGGGUCGACCAGUCACAUUACUUGA